CAACUUAUUCAUGAGAUUCUUGAUGCUUAUGAAGAAGGUUUACAAAGCAAAAAAGAAAACAGCAAAAAAGAAAGAAGAAAUAAAAACAAAGGCUCUAAUAUUAGUAGCGGUUCUGUUGAGGUAAAAAAGACAUCAUCCGAGUCAAAUUUGAACAUAAACGGGUCUGUUCCGAGCGGGUCAGGCGAAUCCGACCCGGUGGAGGAAAUUUCCGGCAACCAUGGCGGCGGCGAUGAAGAUGAAAGUGGCGGAGAAGAGGGAGGUGAAAAAGGUUCUGUUAGAAAGUUUGUGAGUUUUAUUGGUGAAAAGAUUUGGAGUGUUUGGACCUGAAAAAAUAUUUUUUGAAAGUAAUUUUCAAGAAAUAUUUAGGUUGGUUUUUUGCCAUUUCCACUUCUACUUAAUCUCAUAUUAGUUUUUUUUUUUUUUUUUUUAAAAAAAUUUAAUUUUUUUUAGUGGUUCCUCUUUUAGGUUCUGUAAAAUACCCUUUUACUUCACAAUGUAAAAUAUGGGUAGUGUUUUGAAUGAUCACCUUCAUUGGUUUUUUCUUAUUUUCACAAA